ACGGAGUAACUAAUAACAUCACUCUGUCAACAAAUAUGCAAUGAUUGGAUCAUUUCGCUCACAUUCCCACACAAAAAUGAUGAAAAUUCGAAAAUUCUAGGGUUUCUGAUUCAAACUGGGUUCAGAAAAUGGUAGAAUUUCUACCUGAGGAACUGAAAGUAGAAAUUCUGAAAAGGGUACGGAACAAGGAGCUGUUGCGAUGUACUGCAGUGUGCAAAUCAUGGUAUGCUCUUAUCAAAUCCUGUUUUUUCAUUUUCCAAACCCAUCUUCCCCAUGUUCAAUCUUCGAAUUCGAACCCGCAUUUAGUCAUUUUGUGCCACUAUUUUGACCCUAACGAUUACGUGAUGUCAUUUCAUGAUGAUGAUACUGAAGAGUUCAGCGAGUGUCAUUUGCCUGCUCACUUCUAUAACUAUUCCAACUUAAGUCUCUUUGCCUCUUGCAACGGCCUUCUUUUAUUUCGCGACUAUUCUGAGUAUAUCCUCUGGAAUCCAUCCAUUUGCAGAUCACUAACGCUUCCAAAACCAAAACUAAAAAAUGGGGAAGAAUUAUGUGGGCUAGGUUUUGAUUCUACCACUAAUGAUUUUAAAGUGUUAAGGAUAUUGUGUGAUUUUGUUUUUACAGAGCCGAGGUCCAUUGUUGUUAAGGCUGAGAUUUACUCUGUUAAUGCAGCUUCCUGGAAGAAUAUUACUCAUAUUGCACCACAAUAUAAAAUCCCAUAUAAUAUUUACUUUCAACAGCAGUGUAUACCCUUUGUUAACGGUGCAUUGCAUAUGAUUGCUCAUGAUUGUAAAGAUAAGGGACAUAAUUUGGUGCUUGUCUUUGAUGUCAAAGAUGAAAUCUUUCGCGAAAUAUUAUUGCCCCACUGUUUGCAGAAUGCUCUGCUUGAUAUGUUGUUUGUUAUCGCAUAUGGACAAUCAAUUGCAGUUGUUCAUUUUGAUAAUUCCGGUAUUUGGAAUGAUAUAUGGGUGAUGAAAGAGUAUGGUGUGUACGAUUCAUGGACCAACUUAGGCAAGUUGCAGAAUGAAGAGUAUGCAUCAGCUGCAGUGUUCUUGAGGAAGAAUGGGCAAUUCAUGAUAGAUUCUGGUUUGGGGAAAAUCUUUUCAUUUGAUUUUGCUACUCAAACCUUCAUCGAUCUUUUCCCGGGUGUGGAGGAAAUGGAUGAAAACGGUUCUGCUUCUGUUUUUAGCUAUAUUGAGACCCUAGCCUUACUUGAUAGAGGAAACUUUGGAGAUGAAUCGAGCCGGUCGCAGAAUUUAGGAGAUGCAACUAAUUAACAUGACUUAGAUGGUGCAUUGAGAAAGAAGCUGUAAUAGCGGAGGAAGGUAAAUAUGUUAAUUUUUUGGUGUUUCAUAGUCUCUCAUGGAGUGAUCCAUACAACUAAUGCUUUUUCUUUCUCGAAUUCAAGCAAGGAGGAUUUGAAUUUAAUUUUUGAGUUUUUUCAGCUGUUGUUUUGGCUCUCUUUUUUCAUAUGCAUAUAUGUCUUUUGAACUCGACUCUGUGUCAUUCGACUAUUACAUUGCUAAUCACGAUACAACUUAUGUGUAGUCUAUCUUUAAUCAAGGCGCAGAAUUUAGGUAAGGUAGUAUUGGUUUUGCUGUUUAUGCUACCAUCUAAAAACAUAUAUCCUUCUUUUCUUUAUUUUGAUGUCUGCUUUGACGUUUAAUAGUGGAUGAUGGAAAUUCUACUUUAAUA